GGCACAUAUGUCAUUCUAAGGUGUAACCAAGUACUGGCUGAAAUGUCUAUGUGUAUUUUCAUAACCCAUAUUAUUAAUUAUAAACAGGUCAAAAUAUAACUGGACCAAUAUUAGAGAUCGUUAAUAUUAAUUUUGUUCGUUUUUAUCUGUUAAUUAUUAUUAAGUGUUAUAGAUAAAAUAUUAAAAUCUGUCUUUCAUCUAUACACAAAGUUGUAAGAAAAUUUUGUUAAAGAAUAUAUAAAAUAAUAAUUACACGUAAAAAUAAUACGUUACUAAUAAAUUAAUGCAAAAAUUAAUUUGCAUCGAGCGAUCUGAGAUUUUUCAUUGAAAAAUUUCACUAUUUUGGCUUCGUACAAAAUGAGAAAAUUCGAUAUAGAUAGAUUCGUUGAUUCAUAUCAACAUGGAAUAAUGUACAUAUAUGCUCAUGUUUAACAAACGUAUAAUAUGUGGUUGUUGAUCGACGCUGGAUUCCACUAAUUCAGCGUCCAAUGUAUUUAUUGAAUAAAAUGAUUAUAUUGCGAAAAGGCUUAGAAUGCAACAGAACCGAUCGAUAGAUGUUUCACUUUGGACAACAAGGCCGAUUUUAAAAUUUAAAGAUAGAAGGAAUUUUAACAGACCGCUCAAAAUGUUUGUAUCAAGAACACAAACGUCAAACAGUACUUUUUAUACUGAAUUGGAACCUGAUGAAGUAAUGGAUAGAAAAACCGAUCUAAAUGAGUUAAAAGAAUGCCAGGAUAAAGAUUUCAACCAUUCUGAUAUAAUAGCGGAAAGUGAGAAGCAGGAAAAUUAUGAUGGACAUUCAUUUCGAAAAAUUGCUUCUUUUGGAGCUUUUCCACGAUUUCGAUCGUUUAUAAUGUCGACCGAAAAUUCAAUGGAUCAAGGUGAUACUCAAGAAGGAGAAGAGAAUUCGAUGGAAGUUCCAUUCGUACGAAUAUCGCGCAAUGUUUUAGAAUAUAGGAAUAGUAGAUAUUUAACUACGGAUAGAAAUUCUCAUCGAUAUGCAGUAGAAUCAUUUGCGAUAAGCGAAUCCGAAAGUGAAGAAGAAUCGGAAGGAGCAAAAUCAUCGGAAACAGAUUCCGCGAUAGUCGUGAAUCAUAAUACUAAUGAUUCGAAUCUAGAAUUAAAAUCGGUUGAUAAUACAAGUUACUUGGAUUCCAAAAGGAAAAAUGCACGUCGAGUUGCUGAAGAAUUGUUAGUUACUGAAAAAAAUUAUGUUAACGUUUUACGAUUGAUCGAUCAAGUAUUCCAGUUCAAAAUCGAUCAAGAGAAUAGAGCACAUCCUAUGUUUCCUCCAGAAACUGUUCAACACAUGUUCUCUAAUAUCAAGUCGAUAUACAAAUUUCACAAUGAUUUUUUGUUACCUCAACUUCAAGAGAGAAUGCAAAAUUGGGAUUCAAAUCCUAGAAUCGGAGACAUAAUGAAGAAUUUUGCGCCUUUUCUUAAAAUGUAUACAGAAUAUGUAAAAAACUUUGAUUAUGCCAUGAAUUUGAUACAGUCUCUUCAAACUAAAGUCACCAGAUUUGCUGCGAUUAUCGAUGAGAUUCAAAAAUUGGAUGAGUGUGCCAAAUUAUCAUUGCCUCAUCACAUGUUGAGCCCUAUACAAAGAUUACCAAGAUACGAGCUUCUUCUAAAAGAUUAUUUGAAAAACCUCACGGAAGAAAAUGCUGAUUACAAGGAUACUAAAAAGGCAUUGGAAUUAGUGUCUACUGCUGCUAAUCACACGAAUGAUGCAAUGAAGAAGAUUGACAAGUUCAAAAAACUUCUUGAAAUACAAGAGAGUAUAUACGAUACAACGGAUCUAGUCAGUGCCACGAGGGAGCUUAUAAAAGAGGGUCGUAUCGUUAAAAUUUCAGCAAGGAGCGGUGAUCAUCAAGAAAGACAACUGUUUCUGUUUAGCGAUUUAUUAUUACUUUGUUCAAUAAGAUUAAUACCUGGGCCAUUAUAUCGGUUAAGAGCUAAAUUUCUAAUCGAAAAUUUGCAAAUAAUCGAAGGUGAUAAUUUGGAAACAGCAAAUACAUUUUACAUAAGAGACGAAGAUAAAAGCGUCGAAUUAUAUACACAUGCGGCUGAAGAAAAAGCAGCAUGGCUUAAUGCCUUGUUCGAUACUAUGCAUGAAAUGAUGAGAAGAAAAGCAAGUUUAAAAACUGGUGAUGUUAAAACACUUGUUUUAAAGAGCGACGAUAUAUCUAAGUGUAUGAUAUGCGAGGUGAUUUUUUCUGUGAUGAAACGAAAACAUAAUUGCAGAGCUUGCGGAAUAAUUGUUUGCGGUAAAUGUUCAAAUCAAAAGUUAUUGUUCGAGGAUAAUAAGAAUACGAGAGUUUGCCGUUUAUGUUAUACCGCUUUAACGCAACCGCUUGUUAAAUCACCUUCCUCAACGUCUACAUCUGGACCGGUACCAAGUUUAUUACAAGUUUCAGCAAGCGCAUCUUCCGUUAUAUCUGGAUAUCUUAUGUUAAAAACUCAAGCGAGUAAACCUUGGACACGGCGAUGGUUUGCAUUACACGCCGAUUUUGUUUUAUAUACAUUUAAAUCUGAAUCUGAAAAUAUGGCUUUGACAGCAACUCCUAUGCCCGGUUUCAUCGUUACGGAAGGUAUUAAAUUAUCCGACGAAGAUCCUUUAAGUUUCAAGGAUAGAUCUAGAGCUCUUAAAAUGCAUCAUUCUAGGAAAAGUUACUAUUUACAAGCGUUAUCGGACGACGACAAACAAAAAUGGUUAUAUGCUUUACAAUUAGCUACUAAAGCAGAAUUACCUUCAUUUGUAACAGUAGAAAACGAAGACGCACAAAAAGAUCAAUCAAUUGUUCAAAUGCGAUAAAUUAUUGUCAAUCUUAAGUUAAUCUACUGCCGUUAUCAUGUAAGAUCGCAGAACGAUAAAGUAAUCUAAUUAGUAGAUAAUUAUUAUAUGGAAAUAAUGUUAACUUAUGUUAUAUAGAUACAUGCAUAAAAAAACUUGUUGUUGGUGUAUUGUGGUCGAUUUAAUGAUGAUCAUUGCCAAAACGCUUGUUGUAUUUUGUACCAUUUUGUUAUAAUAUAUUUAAAAAUAUAUAAGUAUAUAUUUAUA